AUGAAGAUGAGAUGCCCAUCACGUGGAACAGCAGUGGAACAGGGCCUCUCGAAGGGUAGGGAUAGACCAGACACGAGUAGUACCAUUUCAUUCGUUGGCACGAUGGGCUUGACGGAAUUGAGGGACAAGUUUAAAACGCUAAGCCAGGAGAGCCAGCGCUUGCGGGUGCGAAUUCGGAAGCAGCAGGCGGAGGUCGAGAAGCCGAAGGUUUACAGUCUGCAGGCAGCUGAGCCCUCGGUGGACGGUAUUGACGGCGCUGAAGUGGUGGAUAAUGUGACUGUGAAGCUUCUUAACACUCCUCUGCGACAGCUGGAGGCGAGAGAAGCUAGAAGAGGGGAAAACGGCGACGAUGCAGUGGCCCGCGUGGAGGGCGACCGGGUCGCAAAAGACACGUACAAGAAGGAGCUGGCUCUUUUAGGGAGGAAAAGUACGCGGGGCACGUAUCGGGACAAUGUGGAGCGGCUCGUGACGCAUUUGAACGAUGUGUCGAAGAAGCGGUACCUCGUGCGGAAGAAUAAGAUGAAACGGCAAGGCGCUCGGGGCGGGUCAUCCCUAGACGGGUACAUCAACGAGAAGAACAAACAAUUCAACAAGAAGUUGCAGCGCAACGGACCAUCCACUUGA